UGCAGGAGACACAGUGAGAAGUCAGCUUCAGUAUCCACUCUGUACUCUUUCACACAAACAUGGACAGCAACUUUGGCUGCGGCAUUAAAAACAACAAUGAGAUGAGGAUAGUGCUGGUGGGGAAGACUGGAAUUGGGAAGAGUGCCACUGGAAACACCAUUCUGGGACGACAGUGCUUUGAAUCAAAGUUCAGUGGAAAGUCUAUGACUGUAGACUGUUCCAAAGGCAAAGCUGAGGUGAAUGGGCAACGGGUUGCUGUUAUCGACACCCCUGGUCUGUUUGACACCAGGUUUGGCAUGGAUAAAACAACUAAAGAUCUCUGCCAGUGCAUCUCUUACGCUGCUCCUGGACCCCAUGUGUUCCUGGUGGUCAUCAGGCUUGGCAGAUACACAGAAGAGGAAAAGCAGACAGUGCAAAGGAUUCAAGAAAUCUUUGGCCAGGCUGCAGACAGAUACAGCAUGGUUCUCUUCACUCAUGGUGACCUUCUUGAAGAUACAACUAUUGAAGACUUCUUGAUGGAGUGCUCAGACCUGCAAGACCUCGUGGCCAGAUGUAAUGGCCAGUACCACGUCUUCAAUAACAAGCUGAAAGAUCGCUCUCAGGUCACUGAGCUGUUCCAAAAGAUCAGAAAUGUGGCCCAGAGGAACGGAGGAAGCCACUACACCAACGAGAUGUUCCAAGAAGCCGAGAGGGCAAUCGAAGAGGAGAAACAACGCAUCCUGAAGGAGAAAGAAGAGCAAAUACGCAAAGAAAGAGAAGAAGUGGAGAGGAAACUACAGGAAAAAUAUGAUAAACAGAUGAAGAAAAUGAACGAACAAAUCCAGGCUGAGAGAGAGAGGGAGAGGAAAGAGAAUGAGGAGGAGAGGAAGAAGGAGAAGGAGGAGAUGAAUGAGGAGAGAAGGAGGGAGAAGGAGCAGAGAGAAGCUGACAGAAAGAGGGAGAGAGAGGACAAAGAGAGGGAGAUGACAAACAUGAUGAAUAAAAUAAAGGAACAGCAUGACAAAGAACUUAAUGAGGAAAGAGAAAAAGUGAGGAAUAGGCAUGAAAAUCAGGCCCGAGAGGAAGCAGAGGACUUUAACCCACUGUUUCCCGUGGUAGUAGCUGGUAAAUUGAUAGUUGAAGGAGUUAGACAAUUGGGAAAGGCGAUUGGAUCCCUUUUCAAAAGAUGAGGGGUUGAAGGACUCCCAGAAGUCCCCACACAAAUAUAGUUAUAUAUAAUAUUUCUACCACAGUCAUAUUCUCAUCUAGUGGUAUUUCUGCAUGAUUUUUAUAAUAUAUCCCCAGGAAAUAUUUAGUGUGUAAGCAUGUCACAAUAUAAAAUGUAUAAUUAAUAUGAACACUUUUAAAAUACUCUUACACAACUGGUUCAUUUAUUGGUAUUCUCAGGCGGGCUGCAUGUGAUUUCCCCCUGCAGACAGUUGCAGAUGUCUGUAAACUGUUAUUUUGAGGGUUUUUAAUUGUAUGUUUUACAUUCUGAUUGAUGUAAAGUACAUUAAGUUGUCCUGUGUAUGAAAUAUGUUAUAUAAAUAAAGCUGCC